GUUGCAAAUAUAGUUUAAUUUGUAUUAUUUUUCUUUGUUAAUUUAAUUUACAUUUUAUAUAAAUAAAACUCAAUAAAUCUUUUGCUCUAAUUUAUUUUAUUACUUAUAUUGACUUCCUCAUUUGUAUCUAUCUAUAAUUAUAUAAUAUAGUAACUUCGAAUGAAUAUUUUCCAAUUUUUAAUCUCAUAUUUAUUGGAAAAUUUUGAGAUAUAUUACCAUAAAAAAUAAAUCAACUUUGUGGGAUUCUAGUAAUUUGUAUAUUAUUUAAACCUCCCUCGGAGCUUCAUGUAGGAAUCUCAUCGUGUGUGUUGUUUCUUUCGAUGCUUGGUUAAUUCUCCAUUAGUUUGGAGAAUGUGUUUCUUAUUGAAGGAAAAUUCAAGAAUAAGGAUGAUAAGUAGUUUUAUGUGACAAAUGUUUAUGCUUCAUGUAUGCGAAGAUUUCAAUGUUAUUUGUCCUUUGGUGUAGAGGAAGUGUCUAUAGGAAGGUGUGAGAAGAGAUGAUUUAUGUGCCUUCAAUCAGUUUAAUGAAGAUUCUUCGUUGAUUGAUCAACCUUUAAUAGAGAGAAGGUUUGCGUGAGUUUGGGGAGAUGAGUGUUCAAUGAGUCUUCUUGUAGAUUAAAGGUGUCAAGAGGAAUGGAGUCUUCUUUGGUCUAAUAGAAUUCAAAUUGCUUUGAUUCGAGGGUUAUUAGAUAUGGAUGAGGAUAAUUAGGGUCAAAACCUUUAAGUAUGAUAAAAUGUUGGGCACUUUCCAGGUUACAAGAAGUUCAUUAGAGAACAACUACAAUUGUUGGAUGUGCGAGGGUGGCGAAAUUUUACCGUUUAAAACCCAAAAUUUUAAUCUUAAUCUCCUGUCUUUCUUCUCUUUUAAAUACUAGGAAUAGUUGAUAGUGGAUUUAUAGAGUUGAUAGAAAACUCAAUUUCACAAUUUAACAUUGUAACAUGAGAGUUUGUCUCGCUAUUUUUGGUCCAUUUUUAGUCUAAUAUAGACUUUGGCUUAUCCAUGAAAAUUGUAGUCUUGCAUGUUAAAUUUUAUUUGUCGCAAGUCGCACCUCAAUCAGAGUUACAAAGCUCUACUGAACAAAGAUCGUGAUGUAUAAUUUGCAGAAAAUAGACUUGUGAAUCUUCCUAAAAAUUUGUCACGAUCCCUUUUUUUCCUCUUUCUUUGAGUUCUUGAGACCUACAAAACUGUUUAAACCUUUUCAAAACGACACAUUACUAGGAAAAGCGUCAUUAAAUAAUUAAAAACACAUGUUGAGUUUGGCUCAUUAGUAUCUCUAUAUAUGCUUGUAACACUGAAACCCUAAUUUUGAAAAUUCAGAACGAAUCUAUAAGACGGAACUAUAGAGGCUCUAUAGUCAUAGACGUAGGCAAUUGGCCGAAUUGCGUGACCAAAGUUUUUGUGUGUUUCUCUCUGAUCUGAUAUGUAUUUGCGUUAUUUAUGUAAAAAUUAGUAUCAGAUGAGUCUUAAUCCUGGACGUGUAAAAUUCAAGUGACUCGGUUCGACGGAACGAGUAAUUUCAGUUUAUGGCUAAGGGGGAUUAAGGAUCCGUUAGCUCAUCAAGGUUUAUAGAAGGCACUUCAUGAUGAGAAACAAACGAACAUCAUGACCAUUGAUUGGAACGAGAUGAAGGAAAAGAAAAUAUUUUUUAUAAAACUUUGCAUUUUUGAUGACGUGAUGAAUUAUAUCCUGAACCUCACAACUCCGAAGGAUGUUUGUGAUAAAUUGGAAAAUAAGAUGAACAAAUUAUUCGCGAAGCAUCAUCUCUAUAGCCUGAAGAUGUAAGAAGAAUGCAAUUUGCAGGAUCAUUUCAACGAUUUGACAUGACUUGGUUUGAAGGUUGAUGAUGGGGAUGAAGUCGUUACUUUGUUGUGCUCUCUACUAAGCUCUUAGGAACACUUGGUGACCACUCUCACAUAUGGGAAGGAAUCAAUCAUGUUGGAUUCUAUUUAUUUUUACCCUUUUGAAACACGCACAACAUCACCAAAGUGUAGAGGAAGGUGGAGGAAGUUCAGGUGAAGGUUUGUUUGUGAAGGGAGGUCAAGACCGUGGCAGAAGCAAGGGUAAGGCAGUGGGUUCUUGAAAGAAUAAGAGGUUCAAGUCUAAGGACAUAAAAGUAUCAUAAUGUUAUGGUUUCAAGCAAAUUGGCCAUUGGAAGAGGGACUGUCCAAACAAGUUAGGCAACAAUAGUUCAUUAAAUGUAGUUCAGUCCGAUGGUUAUUGUAGGGAAGCAGAUUUGUUAUGUGUUUCAUCUGUAAAGUGCACUAAUGCAUGAAUCCUUGAUUCUGGGUGCUUCUACUAUAUGACACCGUACCGGGAGUGGUUUAACUCUUUUAAAUCAAGUGAUUUUAGUUUUGUCCAUUUAGGUGAUGGCAAAACGUGUACCAUCAUUAAAAAUGGGCGAAUUAAAAUUGCUUUGGAUGAUGGUGGAGUGCACAUGUUGAGUGAGGUGCAUUAUGUUCUACAAUUGUGGAAGAAUUGGAUUUCUCUAGGUACUCUUUAAAAAAUGGUUAUUAAUUUUGGUUAGAUGGAGAUAAAGACAUCAUGAGAAUUCACAAGAGUGCAAUGACAAUGAUGAGGACAAGGAGGACUGCAAGAAACAUUUAUAAAUUGUUGGGGCCACAAUUAUGAGUGAUGUAGCAUAUGUUGAAACUAAUAAAGAUGUAACCAAAUUGUGGCACAUGUGCUUGGGUUAUAUCAGUGACAUGGGAUGAUGGGAAUAUAUAAGAGGAAUUUGCUGCAGGGUGUUCGCAGUUGCACAAUGGGAUUGUGCAAGUAUUAUGUUCUUGGAAAACAUUGUAGAGUUUGUUUCAAGACCAAGCAACACAAGACCAAAUGAAUCUUAUGAUAUGUCAAUUCGAAUGUCUGGGGACCUAGAAAAAGAGCCUUCCGUUGGAGGUUUUAGGUAUUUUGUGACAUUCACUGAUGAUUUUUCUCGUAAAUUCUGGGUUUGUUUUAUAAAAUAUAUAUCUGAGGUCUUUGCCAAGUUCAAACUGUGGAAGGAAUAGGUUGAGAACCAAACAAGUAGAAAAAUAAAGUAUUUACGGUAUGAUAAUGGAACUCAAUACACUGACAGGAAGUUCAUGCAUUUAUAUGAGGAGAGUGAAAUUCAGAGGCAUUUUUUGUGAGGAAGACAACACAAUUGAGUGGUGUUGCAGAGAGGGUGAACAAUAUUCUAACGGAGAAGGAAAGGUGCCUUCGGUUGAAUGUGGGUUUUUCAAAAGGUUUAUGGGCAGCAACAUUCAAUCUGGAAUGCAAUCUAGUCAACAAAUCACCAUAAGUUUCAUUGGAUGGCAAAGUUGUAGAGGAGAUGAGGAUAAGUAACCCCAUUGAUAUGAGUAAUUUGAGGAUUUUUUGGGUGUCCAACAUAUGUGUAUAUUUCCAGUGAGUAUUAGUCUAAACAUAACCCCAAGUCAAAAUAAUGCAUCUUUAUUGACUACAAUAAAGGUGUGGAGGGGUACAAGUUGUGGGAUCUGGUUAAGAGGAAUGCGCUUGCCAACAGAGAUGUUGUAUUUGAUGAGCAGUCGAUGUAGAAACAGUCAAAUGUGAUAAUUGUGUCAGAUACUGAGGUAUAAAAUUUCAGUAAGGACAAGAUUUAGGCGGCCAUUGACGAACCGCCAGUGAGUCCAAGGCAGAUUGUAGCUUAAUAAUAGAAUGAACCAUACUCAAAUUCAGGUGAAGUGCAAGAUUCAGGUGGAGUACAAGAUUAUACACUUGUGCGUGAUAGAGACCCCCGCCUUAUUACACCUCUAAUAAGAUACGAGUUUGAAGACUUAGCAACAUAUGCUCUUUUUACCAGUUCAAGAGAAACUUCUGCUUUUCGAGAGGCUAUAGCUAGCCAGGAUACAUGGAUGAAUGAUGUUGUGGAUGAGAUGAAAUUCUUGAAAAAGAAUGAGACACGACUUCUUGUUCAUCUGCCACAGGGAAAGGGAGCUACUAGUUGUAAGUUGGUGUACAAGAAAAAGCCAGCAGAAACAUAAAAAUAAGAGGAAAAGUUCAAGACUUUCCUAGUUGUAAAGAGGUAUUCACAGCAAGAGGGGAUUAAUUACGAUGAGAUUUUCAGUCUGUUGGUUAGACACACUUCUAUCGGGGCCUUAUUGGCUAUGGUAGCCAACAAGGAUACACAUUUAGAGCAGAUGGAUGUGAAAAUAGCUUUCCUCUAUGGUAAUCUAGAGGAGCAAAUCUACAUGGAGCAGCCAGGGGAUUCAAUGUUACUGGACAUGAGAGACUUGUUUUCAAAUUGAAGAAGUCUUUGUAUGGCUUAAAGAUGUCGUGUUUAUGUGAGGAGCCUUGAUAAUGGCUCUUUUGUUUUCCUGCUAUUUCAUGUUGAUGAUAUGUUGAUUGUUGUCAACUUUUUGCACGAUGAAAAUGAGUUGAAGACUAAGUUGGGUAAGGAGUUUGAUAUGAAAGAUUUGGGUGUUGUAAAGAAGAUUCUCGGUAUGAAAAUUCACAAAGACAAAUGAGCUAAUAAAUUAUAAUUAUCUCUAAAAAGCUAUGUUGAAGGUGUUUUGAGCAUAUUUCACAUGAGAAAAGAAACUCGUGUGAAUACUCCAUCGACAAAUCAUUUUAAGCUCUCUUUGGAAUAAUGUCCGAAGACAUACUCAGAGAUUGAAUGUAUGUCUAAAGAUUCCUUAUGUCAGUGCAAUUGGUUGAUUGAAGUAUGAUAUGAUUUGCACUAGACCAAAUUUCACAAAAGCAGUUAGCCAAGUGUGAAAGUUCAUGUCAAAGUUAGGGAAACAUCAUUGGGAAGUAAUGAAGUGGAUCCUAAGGUACUUGAAGGAUACAACAUAUCAUGGUAUCAUGUUUAGUAGGGAGCAGGGUGUUCCAUCAGUUAUGGGAUAUGUGUAUUUUGAUUAUGCAAGUGAUCUGAAUGAUAGGAGGUCUAUAAUAAGGCAUGUCUUUACUCUUGAGAGUGGACCUAUAAGAUGGAAAUCAUCGGUUCAAACAAUAAUAGCUAUGUCUACAAUUGAGGGAGAAUAUAUGGUCGUAGCUGAAGUUGCCAAGGAAGCAUUGUAGCUUACAUGGUUGGUGAAAGAGUUGAUGUUGAGCAAGGUGAAGUUAAGUUGCAUUGUGAUAGUUAUAAUGCUAUCUAUUUGGUGAACAAUUAGGUGUAUCAUGCUAGGACCACAUAUAUUGAUGUGAGGUUCCACAAGAUCACAGAGUUGUUGGCGUCCAGACAAAUAUUAUUUCAUAAGGUUCACACUUCAGAGAAUAUAACUUAUAUGUUGACCAAAUCAAUCAUUGGUGACAAGUUCAAACACUUUUUGGACUUGUUAUAUGUUUCUCUCUGUUCAUAUUUCAUAAGAGUUUGAUAUUCGCUAAUGUGAAAAUUAUUGAGUGUGACUCAUAAAUAAUGUUAAGUAGGAAGGGGCAGAACCACUGUUAAAAAACUACCCUUAAUAAUAAUGAAAAAAAUGUAAUCCUAAUAUGAUUAAUAUAAUUGGUCCAAGGCUAACAACUAGGGGUGGAAAUAGGCCAGGCCGGCCUACAGAGGCCUAUAGCCUAGCCUACCAGGCCAAGCCAGGCCUAUUUGAUAAAAAGGACAGGCUUGGGCUUUUUUAAAAGCCUAUUUAAUAAAAUAGGCCAGACCUAGGCUAUUAAAAAAGCCUAUAAAGUCUUGUAGGCCUGUCUAUAUUUUCAUAUAUAUUAAAAUUAGUCUAAAUAGGUUGACCUAUAUAUGCAUAUAUAUUAGAAAAAGUGUUAAAUAGAUUGGUCUAUAUAUGCAUAUAUAUUAGAAAAAAAUGCUAAACAAAUCGGUUUAAAUGUUCAUAUAUAUGCGACCUAUAAGGCUUCUUAAGUAAAAUGAAUUAAUUGAAAACAUUAAUAAAAAAAGGCUUUUAAAUAAACUUUCAGGCCAGACCAAGCUUUUAAAAAGGUCAGGCCAGACUGAAAAAAUGAGCCUAUAGUAGGUCAUAGGUCAGACUCAGGCCUUGUAAGCUUAUCGUAGGCCAGACCCAGGCCUUAUAAAGCCUAACAUAGAUUAGCCUAUUCCUACCCCUACUAACAACCAAAUAAAUUAGUGAACACUUUUCCAAAAAAAGGAUAACUCAGGAAAGAGAAAGUUGUUAGUUAGAAAAUGAAUCGGACACCCCUCUUUAUUCGGUUCUCCUUUUAUAUUAAAGUCAAACUACCAAUGCAUUAAUUUAUUAUAAUGAUGAAUUAAUAUUGAUUAAAACCAACCGUACAACAAAGUGAAUAAUGGAAAAUUGUUAGGAAACUAUUAUUUCAAGUUCCGUUUGAGAGUUUAGAAGGGAUAAAAAGAAGUAACUUUGAAGAAGUAACAGAGGGAAUUUUUAUGCUUAUUUUGUAAAUAAUAAUAAUAAUAAUAAUAAUAAUAAUAAUAAUAUUAUUAUUUAUAAUUAACCUAUUUUCAAUUUCUAGAGUAUGACAUGGAAGAAGAUUACCCCAACAAAACACAAACGCAAAACCGCUUUUAGGUGCGAAGGUUGCAUUAGUCAUAAAGUGCAGGGUUAAGAAGUCACCCUUUGGAAAAAAUAUAAUGAAAAAACCAGUUAUAACGAAUAAAAAUGUAUAAAUAAUAAAAAAGGGAAUAGAAUAAAAUCCAAGGUUAAUUAAAUGAGAUAAUAAAAGAUUACGUCUGUUUAAUAAAAAUCAUGAGUUUGAACUUUGAAGUCAGUCAUAAACAUACAACUUUGUUAAACUUUUUUUAGAGAAAAUAUUGCUGUUCACGUGAUCCUUUUUAAUUGAGAGAUUAGUUGAUGUAAUUUCUUAAAAUAAUAUUUAGUUUUAGGGUGAUAAGCAGGUAAUAUCCACUGUUUAAUUCUGUUUGGCAAAAGUUCGUAAGAAAACGAGUGUUUAAUUCUGUUUCGCAAAAGUUCGUAAGAAAACGAGGCAGAGUAGAACCGACAUAGUGGAAGGAACGAGUAAGAAGGCUAAAACAGACAUACUCGACGGACCGAGCCGUUCGCCGCUCGGUCACCUUUGAUUAAAAUAAAGAAUAGAUUAAAAAAUUAUUUUGGUGAUUAAAAAAUUAUAAUAUAGUUCCAACUAAUUAAUCAAAUCAAGCCAACCAUGUAACGUAGCAUUCAAGUGAUAGAAACACGUAACGUAACGACAACAACUGCACAUCAUCUAUUCUCUUCACUUUUCUUCUCUCCUUCUCCUUCUCCUUCCUCCACCACCCUCUUCCUCAAUUCCACUAAUGCCACUCUCACUUUCAUCUCUCUCACGUUUCCUCAUUUCGAACUUUCCAGAACCUCCACUCACACUCACUCUAUCCCCACCCUUUCUUCACCAAAAACCACACCACCUAGCCUCAAAUUCAUAAUUACCAACAUUCUCGGAAUGAAUCGUAGCUUCAGAGCUUCGGAUUCGCAAAUUGCGGUAAUGCAGAGGCGUCGUCAAUUGGGGGUUUCCAGAUCGUCGUCGUUUUUUGUUGAUAAAGAUGACGAGCUUGCGUUGUUUAAUCAGAUGAGGAAUUGCGAGGAUGAGAAUGAUGAUCUUUUGUUGCGUGAUUCUAAUGAGGAGUUUGUUGAUUCCGCAUUAGGCUUAAAUUCGAGGAGUUCUCCGUUAUUUAACAUUUCAUCAUCAACUGAAGCUCCUGUGCGUAAGACUGGUGCUGAUGAUUUUCUCAAUUCUGAAACUGAUAAGAAUGACUAUGAAUGGCUUCUAACUCCUCCUGGGACUCCUCUUUUUCCUUCUUUGGAGAUGGAAACUAAAAAAACUGUUAUGAGUCAGCUUGGUGCUUCAACCACACGUCCCAUGGCAUUAAAAUCUAGAAUGGCAAAUCCUCCGCCGGAGCAUAGUAGAAGGAACACCUUAGUUUCUAAGCAAGCUUCGUCUCCUGGGUUGACCGCUUCAGGUGGUGGAACCAGGAGGCCUUCAUCAUCAGGGAAUCCAGGAUCAAGACCUGCAACUCCCACGGGACGGUCUACAUUAACCACAUCUUCAAAAUCAUCUAGACCUUCGACGCCUACUUCCCGGACAUCGAUACCUUCAACACCUACUUCCCGUACAUUGAUACCUUCAACGCCUACUUCUCGAACAUCGAUACCUUCAACGCCUACUUCUCGGACAUCGAUACCUUCAAUGCCUACUUCCCGGACACCGAUACCUUCAACUAGGACAAUGGUAGCUGCGGCCAAGCCCAGUCUUCCUUCAGCUAAGACUACAGUUCCUGCCAUCAAGACGACUACAGUUCCUGCAGCUAAACCCACAGUUCCUUCUAGGUCUUCAACACCCUUGUCAAGAUCUACUACAAGAUCUUCAACACCGACCAGCAGGCCUACCUUAUCUAAUUCCAGGCCCACCUUAUCUAACUCCAGGCCUGUAUCAAGGGCAUCAACACCUACGCGCCAACCAUCCACACCAUUAAAUGUGUCAACCAUCUCUGCUCCAUCAGUUAAGACUUCUUCAAUACCCAAGCCAGCUCCAGCCUUGUUGAAGCAGCCAACACCAUCACGGGGAACUUCACCAAUAGCAAGAUCACGACCAUGGAAGCCAUCUGAAAUGCCUAACUUUUCACUUGAUGCUCCCCCCAACUUGAGGACAACACUUUCGGAAAGAUCAGUUUCAGCAACUAGGGGAAGACCUGGAGCACCCUCCGCACGCUCUUCGUCUAUUGAGCCGGCUUCUAUUGGCAGACCAAAGAGGCAAUCAUGCUCUCCUUCUAGAGGACGGCCAGCCAAUGGCAUUUCUCAUACAAGUGGAAGCUCUAUGCCUGCUGUUAAUCGUGGAUAUUCCAAAGCGAAUGACAAAGUCAGUCCUGUUGCAAUGGGCACUAAAAUGGUUGAGAGGGUAAUAAAUAUGAGGAAACUAGCACCUCCCAAGAUGGAUGUCAAAAACUCUCCCCGUAGUAAUCUAUCUGGCAAGUCAACUCCAUCUCCAGAUAGCUCUGGUUUUGGAAGAACACUCUCGAAGAAAUCCUUGGAUAUGGCUAUUAGGCAUAUGGAUAUAAGAAAAAGGGUUCCCGGAAAUUCACGACCAUUGAUGACAAAUAUUCCAGCUUCUUCAAUGUAUAGUGUGCGAUCAGGACAUCAGCGAAGCAUAAAUGUUAGUGUCUCGGGUUCUCCACAUGCUACUAGCAGUAAUGCUGGUUCAGAAACGAGUGUAAACCAAAAUGGUCUUUACUCAGAUAAUAGUGAAAUAGAUUAUUAUGAUAUGGCGAGUGACAGAGGUGUUCAAUCUCCUGCCAGUGUGCGGGGCAGGUACAACUACAGACCAUCAUACUGAGUUUUAGAGAUAGUGGAUUUUCAUUGGAGCUACCAUUCUUCUAUUGAUGUAAAGUUUGUUGGAAAUGAUACAUCCUUGUGUAAUUGAAGGUAAUUGUUUUAUAUAUAGAAUUGUAGAUCAGCUAUAUCCUGAAAUGGUAUUUCUCUAAUUCAAAAACUGUGUAUGGAAACCUUGAAGGAUUAGUUUUAUAAAUGGAUUGAUUUAUAAGGCUAAAAGGGCAUUAGUCCAUUAGUUGGUUUAAAA